CUUGUUUCAUUAUUUUCUUUCAUUUACAGAUGAGGAGGAGGAAGUCACAUUGAUGUAUGCACAGCACGAGAGGAUCCCUAUGAAGGAUUUCAGCGCAGAGGUCAGAGCCUCACUAGACGUUGGGAACUUUGUGAAUCGAGCCAUUCUCCUGCUGGACAUCAACCAGACCAGUCUAGAGUCCAUUGUGACCCUUCUCCUGGCCAAGAUGCUGGCUGGAGAUGAACGCUCUGACAUGAUCAUGAAGGAAGGUCGGGCUGCAUUGAUGACCCACGAUUCAGUUCAUGUACUUGCUAAGACUGUGCAAGGCACCAGUACAAGCGAAGGCGGAGGUUUCGACUAUGAUCAGUCGUGGAUAUGUGCAUUAUGCUCCUUACCAUCGCUGCAGAGACGCAAGGUGGCCAUCGCCAGGCUGAAGCACCCUGCCAACUUGGGACGUACGAGUCAAGAGAUCCGUUUCUUCAUCUUAGUCCUAGCUCCCAUGAGGGAGAAGGGUACUAAGAAUGCCCUGGAGACUGCCAGGACGUUUGCAACACUCCUGGCUGACAUCGAGUGCAGGCAGAAGCUCCUGGAGGUUCGAUCAGCCCCCGAGGAGUGUAUGUCUUCCACAUCCUCUAGGAUGGACACUAAACAGACAGAUAGUCUCUCUGUUCCAGAGUCUGCUCCUGAGACGGACGUAGAAGCAGAGGAGGAAUUCAAACAGAUGCUUCAUCAGCAUGCCAAAGAUCUUGCCAUCCAGCAGAGUUACCCGCCCAGACACUCCCGAACGUCCAGACCCAGUGUAGGACCCUUCGACAACUUCAAUGAACAGGGCAGCAGUCAGAAAUGUUGUAUAGGGCGUGGCCUAAGGUCAGACCUCAAGAGGAGGCUCCCUCACUACUGGAGUGACUUCCGUGAUGGGGUCAUAGGUCAUAAGACGUUGCAGAAGGUCAUCUCCACGACGCUGUUCCUCUAUUUCGCCUGUAUCCUUCCAUCCAUAGCGUUUGGAGUACUCAACGACAAGAACACCCAUGGAUUGAUUGACGUGAAGAAAGUGAUCAUCUCCCAGACGAUAUGUGGCAUCUUCUUCUCGCUGUUUGGUGGACAACCUCUCAUCAUCAUGCUGACUACCGCUCCGCUUGCCCUCUACAUCAAGAUUCUCUAUACGAUAUGUGAGGACCUGGAUCUCCACUUCUACUCUAUGUAUGCCUUGGUCGGGGUCUGGAACUCUCUGUUUCUCAUCAUAUACUCUUUCACCGAUGCAAGCAAGCUUAUGAAGUGGUCUACAAGAUCAACGGAGGAGAUAUUUUCUCUUUUUGUAUCAAUAGCAUUUUGUGUAGAUGCUUUCAAGGAUUUGGCUGCCGAAUUUGAAAAGCAUUACCUUGCAAGCGAGUGCACGGGGGCAACCGCCGUGGCGCUGUUAAGCACUACCACACCGUCCAGCUUACUCUACAACGAUAGCAAUACCGACCCCACCACCACCCUCUUGAGCAAUAUCUCCACCCAACUGUCCACUACCCUCGCUUCCACUCCGGAGUGCCAUAGGGAUUCCAGUAUCCUCUACCUGCUACUCAUGCUGGGCACACUCUGGCUUGGUGUGACGCUCUACAACUUCACCAAGAGUCCAUUUCUUGAUGCAAGCAAGCGAGAGGCUCUGGCCGACUACGCCCUUCCAGUGGCCGUUCUCAUCAUGUCCUUCGUCGGAUCCUACGUCUUCAGGAGUACAGAAGCGGACUUGUUUAGCUAUAACGAUGGUGAAGCUCUGAAAGUGACCAAGUUUGAGGGGAUCACUAUCGGUAUGGUAGCCGGCUCCAUGGGGCUAGGAUUCUGUCUCUCUCUACUCUUCUUCAUGGAUCAAAACAUAUCUAGCGCCCUUGUUAACAAUCCUGCUAACAAAUUGAAGAAAGGGACAGCGUACCAUCUGGACCUGUUUGUAGUAGCCAUCAUGAAUUGCUUUGUGUCCAUCUUUGGUCUACCGUGGGUCCACGCUGCUCUGCCUCACUCUCCGCUGCAUGUGAGGGCGCUAGCCGACGUCGAGGAGAGAGUCGACCAGGGACACGUCUACCACAUCGUGGUGAGAGUACGAGAAACGCGUCUAACCACACUCUUCUCGCACAUCAUGAUAGGACUGUCCAUCAUGAUGCUACCAACCCCUCUCCAGUACAUCCCCAAGGCUGUCCUCUACGGUCUCUUCCUCUACAUCGCGUAUACCGCCCUCGACGGCAACCAGCUCUUUGAACGCAUCGUUCUACUCAUCACAGAACAAGCUGCCUAUCCUCCCAACCAUUACGUGAGAAGAGUACCACAGCGUAAGAUGCAUCUCUUCACCGCUGUUCAGCUUCUUCAGCUCGGCAUCCUCUGUGGGUUCGGCUUCUCCCCGUGGCCCUACCUCAAAAUGGUCUUCCCUCUCCUCAUCCUCACCUUUCUACCUAUUAGGCACAAGUUAGUACCAUUCCUCAUUGACCUCAAGUUUUUGGACGCUCUGGACCGUAGCCACUAAGUCGGUCAUCGGAAAGGCCGCUCGCUUUGACCGAUGACGACGACAAAGCAUCCAAGCUCCAUCCAUGUGUGACCGUUGCUCGUUAUUUCUCAUGCAUUAUUCAUCAUCAUCAUCAUCACCACCGGUCUCCACUCCACAAGAGACGGUGGGCAAGAAGUCAUCGUGCAACACCUAAUGAUUGUAGUUUCAUAGACAUCCCCUCUUUGUAUGUCUUUUAAUGUCCGUCUGUGUGUCUCUCUUUCUCUCUGUCUGCAUGCAUUUCUUCUUACAAUACAAUUAGGGAUAUCCCCUCUUCCAGGGAAGGCCUGCUCCAGAGGGCAGCAUUUAGGAUGGGUCCGUACAGAAUGCUAUGCGGAGGUCUGCACGAUCUCGUCUAUUUCGCAGCUGAAUAGUUUUGAAUUAUUAGACCAAAUGUAUUUGUAGUAUUCUUCGAUGAAUCGAAUGAGCAGUGGUAUCUCUCAUUAGGAAAAUCAUCGUACAUGAAUCCAGGAAUCAUUGUGAAUCUAGUGAUACAGGAAGCAUGUUUCCCAUCUUAAUAAAAGAUCUGCAUGUAGCAUUUAUCUUCAGCUUUUCAAAACAGUCAUUCUAUUCCUUAUACUGAUAAGGAUUCAGGUGAAUGAAGAAGAAAAAAAAAUAUGAAUAAUCCCCCCCCCCCCCUCCAUAGGCAAACAUGGUUGCAAGUAAUUGUUGACUUUUGGUUCUUCAGCAUGAAGAGUUCAGUCAACUAUCUUUUUUUUUUAAAGGCAUGCAGCUUAGUUUUUGACUGAUACACAUGUUGUAACAGCCAACAUCUUAUUAAAUUAUGAUAUUUUAUGCUAGUUUUACUCUCUCUUUAUCCUUGGGUUUAAUGCUUUUCUGCCCCCAACAUACUUGAUUUCCAUAGAAUGGUUCUAAGGAGGAUCGACAUAGCUGAUGAAAGUUUUGAUCACCUUCCAGUAAAACUUUGUGUAGAAAUGGUCUCCCCUUUAUGGAAUGUAGAUAGUUGACAGCUUUUCUGUUUUAAAUCUAUACACUUUCUAAAGGCUUGUUUAGAUAUGAAGCAGUAAAACACAGUGUUUUUUACAAUGUGUAAAAGAAUGGCGUCUACAUGCACAUAGAUCUUACCUACGCGUAUCCACUGAGGUCUGUGUUAUAAGAAACAGAAAUGUGAUGUGUACACUUACAUCAUCAUUUUAAAAAAAAACGCUGCUGUAAACUGCAUCACAUUUGAACAAGCCUUAAAUUGUGCAUGCUUGUUUCAAUGUUAUUUUAUUUUGUAUCAAGUCGACAAUCAUUUCAUAUAGCCCUUUAUUUCUGAAAGUAUAGAAAAAACACUUUCCCAAGUUCCCGAACACGAGGGCAAGAAAUUUGAUAAAUAUAUCUUGUUGAAAGUCAAGCAAACAAGUUAUUUUGUUGCAACCGUUCGCAAAGUUUCAUAGGAUUACUUUAAUAACCUGAGAUACAUAUUUCCUAUGUAAAGCUAGGUAUUAAUGCCAGUGAAAAGUUGUAAAUAUGUUGUUGUUCAUUUUCAUGUCAGCGGACAUGAAAUGUAUCUUGUUCUAUGCAGGAAUUUUUUGUAGAAUUCCCAUGAAUAUGUACAUAUGUUAUUUGAAACGAAAACAAAAAAAUAGAGUUCGGACAUAUUUUUGCUCUUUUUGCUGUAUGUUAAAAUACGGGUGGAAAAUUGGCGUGUGAAUGAAUGAAUUACUGUACCGUUAUUAAUUACUACUUGAGAAUUAGUACUGUGAAAACACCUUUAUAUCUAUUUGUCCUUCAAAUGAAUUACACAGUUAUUUAUAUUUAUUCAAAUACCGGUAAUGAUGUAAUUGGACUUCUGAUAAAGCGUGGCAUUAUUCUAUACUCUUUGGCAUUUCAUAUUUCAUGUAAUGUGUUUGUUAACAGACGUGUUCUAAAUCUUCCUGCUGUUGUGUUUCACUGUCAAAUCUACACGUUCGAUAUGUUUGGUUGAAGUGUUCAAAUGUACACAAAGAAAUAGUAAGAUACCUUUGAUACGAUGGCUUCACAAUCAACAGUUUCUUGUGAUGCAUUAUGGGAAAGAGUCGGCAUAAAUAUCAGCUGUGGCACUAUUAUAGAUACAGGCCUUUAAUCAGAAGUUUUUGUGGGGAGUUUUGAAAAGCUUAUCUGGGGUAACAAUUAGUGCUGAUACCAAGACAGUCCAUCUCCUGGAAUGUUAAAAGAUGUUUACCCACGAGCUGAAAAAUUGACCUAUUGCGGCUUGCCAUUGGGGGCGCUGUUCAUUGUGAAUCCAGCCUCUUACACAUCGUCACCCGUUAUGAGAGCUAUUCAAAGUUUAAUACUCCAUCAGUUUUAAUGAACAUGUAAUCAGUACCAUGAUGAAUUGGUUUACAAGGUAUACAGAAGACCAACAGUUGUGAGAAUGACAAGACAUAGGAAUUCCUUCGGAAGGCCCGAUUUAAGAAUGUUCUUGUCGAGAAGUUGGAUAUCUGCACUGACUUUUGUUGCUUUGUAAUUCUCAGUUGAAAGUUGUUUGUGACGUGAAUAAUAACCAUUCACUAAAGAUCUUUACAAUCUGUGUAUGGAACUGUGUUUGGCGGUUACACCGUAAUACUUUCAUGACAGUUAAACUUGAAGUCGUUAGUUAACCUUGACAAUAACACCUUUAGCUUGGAAUCGGAUGGCUAUGAUAGUUUGUGUUGAUUCUGAAGAUAACAAGUAUCUACCGGUAGUUAAAAACCAUGUACCUUGAGUUACGCACAAUCAAAAAAUAUUUUUUUCAUUUUAAGCUUUGAGUUCAUGCUAGUUGCAUUAUUUUUCUUAUAGAGUUGUCAGUUUGUUUUGCUCUUGCCCUCAAAGUUAUCAUUUUGGCAUUGGUGUGCUUUGCAUUAUAAGCUCCUAUUAUAGCUUGUUCAACAGAGAUUUGUGUGUUGUAUGAAGUGUUUCCAAGUUGAUUGCUCUUUGCUUUGUUUUAAUUUGCUUGUUUGUUUGUUUGUUUUUAUCUAAAGAUAAAAUUGAGUUCUGGUCAUGCGAUCGCAUUGUGACAGAAAUGGUGUGGAAUCGAUCAGAAAAAUUUGAUCAUGUAGCAUAUAAGUAUUUUUAAAGAGUGAAAUAUUUGCUAAUAUUAUUUAAUUCGCUUUACAUUUUGUUUUUACAUUAAGGCUACCAUAGGUGAAGCAUGUCUCUCAGUGUAAAAUCUAUCUACCAGUACCUUUCAGGGGCUGCUUUACUAUGAGUAAUUCCAUGAUCAAAAUUUGGUAGCAGACAUAACUUUUUUGUUCAUUACAAGAAAUUAAACUCUGGCUAUGUAAAGAAUUUGGAUCUGUUCAAGAAAUAUGACAAUAACAUGCAAAGAACAGAACUCACAGAGUCAUGAAAAUGAUCAUAAUUUCUUUUAGUUCCAUUUAAUGGAGGGUUUCACAUUAUGUACAUGUAUUAUCAGGUCAUGGAGAAGGAAUAGAGAGGCUUGUUAUUCUACAGGGUACAGCUGUAUUGAAAGUCAUAUUCUUGAUGACCUGUCAUUAUUAACCUGAAACAACAGAAAAGAAAAUAGUUUGUGCUUUGUUAGCGAUUUUAAGAGUUACACAUGUAUGUGCUUUUUAGGAGACUCCUACUUUUCGUCCGCUUGGAGCUACAUAGGCAAUAUUUCAUAUCGUCCCACACAGAGCUAUAUGUAAUACCCCUGUGGAUCGUGGCAGACAAAAUUUGCUAAUCUUACCACUAUUAACAUCCAUAUUUAUUUCGAUUCUGGCUCCAAACAACUCUAAAUUGUAUUUAUCAAGCCUGUAAUUGGACUGUGUAAUAUACUGUUAACUAACAUACUUCUCGUCGUCAAUGACAAAGUCAGACUUGGGCCAUUAUUAAAAGGCAUGUGGUAAGCUGCCAAUUUGGCGAUGCAAUAGGGUUCAUUUCGUGCAAUGAUCUAUCUUAAUCAUAACAAGCAUUUACCCAGUAUACAGAAAGGCAUAUGUAGCUCACUAUUUUGUUUUGUCUUAUUUAUUGAGAUGGACGCUUGCGUUGUAUGGUUUCUUUGCAGUUGUUUGCAGCUUUUUGACCCCUUAAGGCUUAUUCAGAUAUGGCGCGGUCCGCAAAAAAUGCCUCUGCGUUUUUUUAACAUAUAAAAUGAAUGGCAACAGCGUGCGUCAAAGGAUCUGAGCUCUGUGUUUAAAGUUACAGAAAUGUAAUGAGUAUACUUAACAUUUUUUGUCGCGUCAUAUCUGAAGAAGCCUUUAUGGUACCCCAUUUAUGUUUUGUUUGUGAGUUUGUAUUCUCAAUUUACGUUUAAUCGGAGGACAUUCCCUUUUGAAAAUACCUGCGGCCAAACUAUCAGUAGUUGCAAAUGUUUUCCUUCUCUUAUCACAAUACAAUGCAUGAGGCAUAUGAGGGUUUAGUUGAUUCUACGAUAUUUAUUAUUUGCACAAAUGUUGUCUUACGCUAAGAAGUUUGUGACAUGUACCAGCAAUACUAUAUUAAUUUUUUUUUAAAUCAGAGAAUUACUUUAUAAAUACAUGUAGUGCCAUCCUAGCAGUAUACGCACAUGCAUUGUGUACUAUUUAGUAUUCGUGAUGCAAUGACGAUAUAUUUAUUUCAGUCCAUCCGUACCUGAAACGUAACUUAUAACGCAACAAAAAGUCGAGAUAGUGGAAACAUGCUUUAUCAGUGUGACCAAACAGCAAUCUCUUGUGCAAUCUUGUCAGGACCAGAAUUUUUGUGACAUGCUUAACCACGAUAUAAUCGGCAUUAUAAGAAAAUGAUCAGGUUAAUGUAUACCGCACAAGCAGUAAUAUAGCAACUGUUUGAAUAUACAUACGUCUAUGUACAUUGGGGUUGCAUUUUAUAUGCAGGGAUGUCAUAUUUAUUGCUUACAGUUUGAGAGAUGUGGUGAGACAUAUCAUUACCUAUCUUAGCCAGGAAAUUAGAGGUACAAUAAUAAUCUUCAAUAUCACCAAAGAGAUGCCAUGCAUUAUUGGGUAUUUGAAAAUGUGUAGUGCAUG